CUACUUUUAAAAUAAUUUAAAGCAAAAAAAAUUUUUUUCAAAAAAAAAAUUAUCCAAAAAUAAUAAUGGCUACAAUUGGCGAAACCGGUGUGGGCAAACCCCUCUCCCUCAUUCGCUCCAUCUUUGAUCCUAAGGCUUGGUUGAAGCCCAAAAUCUUGCACCCGCAAGUGGAGUCCAUCAUCUACUGGCGCGAUGUGAAAAAAUCGGCCUUUGUUUUCAGCGCCGGAUUGAUGUUGCUGUUGGCCAUUACCAUCUUCUCGGCCUUCAGUGUGUUCGCCACAUUGUCGCUCAUCAUCUUGAUGGACAUCGUGGUAAUCAAAACCUACAAAUCUGUCAAACAGGCCGUGUUCAAGACAAAUGAUGCGGAUAACUUCAAGAAAUACUUGGAAUGGAUCUUGGAUCUGUCCCUGUCGCCGGAGAACGUUCAACAGAUUGCCGUCGGGGCUGUGGCAUACACCAAUGCCUUUGUCGCCGAGAUGAGGCGCCUGUUCCUGGUUGAGGAUCCCAUCGACUCGAUCAAGUUCGGUUUCAUUUUGUGGAUCUUCACGUACAUUGGUGCCUGGUUCAACGCCAUGACUCUGGUCGUCUUGGCCUUCAUCUUGCUGUUUACCAUUCCCAAGAUCUACGAGAAAAACAAGCAAUCGAUCGACACCAACUUGGAUUUGAUGUACAGCAUCUUUACAGAAACCACCGCCAAGAUCCAAGCGGCCAUACGCAUUGGCAAAAAUAAGCCCGUGGUCGCCGAAGCGGACAAGGACAAAUAAGCGCACUAGCAAGUUAUUAAAAAUAUUAAUUUUCGUUAAGUAUUAUUUGAAUCGUUUAAAUAUUCAUCCUGGCCUCUACAAUACAAGAAUCGAUUAUUGGAAAUCAAAUUUAAUGAGAUAACUAGAAAAACCACUUAUCAAAAUACAGCUCGAAGGAGUCAUCAAAAAAUCAUAGCAAAUAUAUUGAAAUGUCAACGAAAUCAUAUAGCAACACAAGAUGCAUAGAGGCAGAAAGGCGUAGAACGCAGCAAAUUUCACAGUUCCAUAAAUUUACAAUUUUAAAUCAAUCUUUGAAAUAAGAUUUGAAUGAAAAAUACCCUUAUAUGUGAAGAAAAUUAAAUAGCAACACAAAAUGCAUAGACGUAGCAAGGCACCUUACAAAAUUUCAACUCUGCAUUCAAGCAAUUUUCAAAUUUAAAUCAAACUUUUGGAUAAAAACUACACUAAUAUCAGGAGGAAAUUAAACAGCAACACAAGAUGCAUAGAUGCAACAAGGCGUAGAACGCAGCAAAUUUUAAAGUUACAUUAAUUUACAAUUUUAAAUCAAACUUUGAAAUAAGAUUUGGAAGAAAACUGCACUAAUAUGUGAAGAAAAUUAAGCAACAACACAAGAAGCAUAGACGCAGCAAGGAAAUUUAAGAAAAUUUUAAUUCUCAGUUCCAUAAAUUCACAAUUUUAAAUCAAACUUUGGAAGAAAAUUCAACUUUAAGAGAUGCCAUGGAUGAAAAACUACACUAAUAUGUAUUUUAACAAAUAAAGAAAUA